UUGUUGCCCUGGACAUUUUCGGAUUCUCCGUUUUUCUCUUUUUUGUCUGAAACUUUUAACUGUUCUUUCCUCUCUUGUUUUUAUUGUUGAAGAAUAGUAUUUAUUAUGUCAUCUGUAGAAGUACAAGAACCUGUCAUCAAUAAUGACACAGUCCAGGAGCUCCCUGCCGUGUCCGAACCUGCUGUUCAAGAGGUUUCCACGCGUGAAGAGCACGUUCCGUUGAGCGAUGUGAUCCAAAGCGCUAUCGAUACGGCCAUCGCUUCCGGCAGCCUCAAUGUUCACGACAUUAUUCAAACCAUUUCUGCGCCCACUACACUGGAGAAAGUGGAAGAGACACCCGUGACAGCACCUUUAUCUGAGGAUAAACAAGCGGAGCCCGCCGAAGAAGUCGCACCUGCAGCCGAAGAAGCAUCGGAAACAGUUGUUGAGGAAACAAAGACUGAAGAACCAGUUCAGGAAGUAUCCGAGUCUGAAGAAAAGGAACAAUCAGAGAGUGAACAGGAAACACUUCCCGCUGAAGUUAGCCAGCCUAUUGAAUCAGAGGUUCAGGAAGGGGCCUUGGAAGAGGCCUUGGAAGAGACUCAGGAUGAGACUCAGGCUCGUGAAGUUGAGCAAGAGAACAAUGAGCCCACCAUGCUCGUCGUUGAUGCUGCCGUUCCCGUCAAGGAUAUUGAUAACCUUCAAGAAGCACAAGCCGCUGCCCCGAUUGAAUCAUCCGAAAACAAGAUUGACGAAUCUACACCUGCCGAUGAAGAUACAAAGGAGUUGUCGGAUGCUGUUAAACAUGCCAUUGCCAGUGCUGUCUCCGCUUCAGCCAUCGAUAUUGAUGCCAUUGUUGGCGACAUUGUUCGUGCCAAGGAAGCCGCCGCUGCUGAACGCGAAAUUCAAUCACAGCAGCAGUCCGAGGAAAUUAAGCCUGCGGAAGAGACUUUGGUGGCUGCAACUGAAGAACCAGUUCAAGAGGAAUCGGCUGAACAGAAGGAAGAGACGGAGCAAACUGAGGCCGAAAAGGAGGAGGAACCCGUAGAACAGGAAGAGUCCAAGGAAGAGACCGAAGAGGCCGAACCUGCCGCGGAGGAAGAGCCCGUCCAGGAGCAACAAGGUGAACAACAACAAGAACAAACCGAGGAACCUAUUGCAGAGGUAAAGGAGGAACAAUCCCAGGAAAGCGAGUCCGUGUUGAGUGAGUCGGUUCAGCAUGCGAUUGCUACUGCUACUGCUGCCGCUGCUAUCGAUAUGGAUGCGAUCUUGAGCUCUCUCGCUGCGCCCAAGGAAACCGAAGAUGAAAAGGUCAAGGAAGUGAAGCAAAUCGAUGCUGCUGUGGAAUCUACGAUCCUCGAACCUGCUGUUGAAGAACCAUCCACUGAAUCUUUGGUCGAGGAGCGAAAUGCACCUGAGGAACCAAAGUCGGUUGAAAAUCUUCGUGAAGAAACGGAAGCUCCCACGGAGGCAGCUGAGGUUGAACCUAUCCAAGAAGCCGCCUCCGAACACAUUCCCAGCAAGGAAGAGGAAGUGAGAGAGGAUGUGAUUGCUGCCAACGAAGCAACCGGCGUGGAGAAGGAGAUCCCCGCAACACCUGUUGAGGAGACCGAAGCUCGCGACGUCGCUCCGCCUGCCUUGGUCGAAGAGAUCAACGCUGCUGAUGAGCCAAAGGAUACUGAAGCCAUCAAGGAAGAAGUCAUUGCGCCUACUGUGGUUACGGAUGUGGAACCUGUGUCGGAACUUGGAGUUGAAGAACCAAGCAAGGAAGAUACCAGCAAACCCACACUUAUCGAAGAAACCGAUGUAGCUGAACAGAUCAAAUCUGUAGAUGAAUUGAAAGAAGAAGUGGUUGCCCCUGUUGAAGUGUCUGAGGUCGAACUUCAUGCCGAAGUUCCCGCAGAUGAGGUGUCUGAAACAGCUGCCGUCGGAGAAGUACCUUUGAUCAAUACUGUGCCUGAAUUUGCUGCUGAAAAGGAGAACAAUGAGCCAGUCGAAAUUGUCAAGUCUGAGACUUCCAACGCUCCCUUAGCCGCUGAAGCAACCGAGAUCUACGAGGAACCUGCUCAACAUGCCGCUGAGGAGUUGGUUGCCAAGGCCGAUACUCAAGUGGAAGCUCAUCCUGAAGAGCCUGUUACUGUCGAACAAUUCAAGCCUACCGAUGCAGUUGCGGUUGAAUCCGAAGCACCUACACAGACCGAGUCGAGCAAGAACGAAGAACCCGCAUUGCCUCAAGCCGAUGAGGUGGUCCGUCAAGCCAACGAAGCAGUGGAGACUCAGCCUACCGAACCUGUUGAAGUUGCUCAACGCCAAGUGCCUGCUGAACAGCCCGCCGUUGAAGCUCCAUCUACCGAAGCACCCGCUAUUCAAAAGCCUGAACCUGUGGUACCUGUUCCCAUGGCUGCCAGUGAUGUGAACCCUCAUCCACCUGCAUCGCACCAGGAUAAGCAGUUGCCUUCUAUCCCUGCUACUGAAGAACAGCUCCAGCAGCCUCAGCAACCCCAGCAGCAAGAACCCGUAGCACAACCUGUCAAGACCCAGGAAGAACCUCAACCUGAGCCUGCAACCCAAAAGAGCCGAUGCGCCAUCAUGUAAAGAAAAAAAGAGAAAAAUUAGUAUGUGUCAAAACGUAAAAAAAUACCAAGGAUUUUAUAAUACCAUCCUUUUCGAUAAAACUAGGUAGUCUAUUGUAAGUUGUUCUUUAUCCAUAGUCAUUUUUAAUUUGUAAAAGGCGUCUAUUGAGA